UAUAUAUAUAUACGACUCGCUUAGCUUCCGCAUUCUCCGAUCCGAUUUCCACAGGAGUCAGUGGGAGUGUCGCGAGUCUCUUUUCCAUGGCGCUGGGUUGUCCUAACCGGGAAGUUAAAACCUGUUUACUUACAAAUUCAAACUCAUGGCCAAUAAACGUCAAGCAUACUACCUGACGGAUAUCCAUUAGUCAACCAGUACCGUGUAGCCGCAUGGGGAUUCGUGAACUGCAGAAAACAGUUCAGGCUUGCUUACUUUACUAAGCAGACAUUUUCUAUGAUCCAAGCAUUAAACUUUCAAGCAUGGCCAUGUCGCAGUGUCUCGAGGAUUCACCGAGCUGGAGAAGGUCAGAGGUACGACAGGAUUCAAGCAUUAAAGAAUCAUAUAAUGAACGGCACCGACUUGCCCUGGAAACGCUGGUUUCCGAAGGAAUCGACUCCUUCACAGACUUUCUCAACAAGGAGAGAAUACCGAAUUUUCUAUCCGAUGACGAGAUCCGACGGAUCUCCCGUGCUGCUGUUGUACCGAGAUGCGUGUCCUUCGUUGGGGAGGAUUCACAUUUAGACCAAUCCAGCACCUUGGACUGUUCGUCUGUCACGUAUUUCCCGGAGAUUUCCGACCUGGAGCCCCCUGUUUUAGAAAUCGGUUGGCCAGCUUUCACGACGGGGUCGUUCCGUGGCGUCACGCGCGCUGCAGCGUACUUCCAGCCCAGUUAUGGAGAAAGCAUCUACAGCUGUAAAGAAGCAGCAAGAAGGAUGAUCAAAAAUGCCAAGGAGGUGAUUGCCAUAGUAACAGAUUCGCUAACAGACUUGGACAUUUUCCAUGACCUGCUGGAGGCAUGCACCCAAAGUCGUGUCCCUGUGUACAUCCUACUAGAGCAGAAGUCUCUCCCAGCGUUCCUGCAGAUGUGCAAAAACCUUAAUGUGCGACUAGAUGACCUCCAGCAUAUGAGAGUGCGGACCCUAACAGGUUCAACUUACUACAUGCGUUCUGGUGCUCGUAUUACUGGGAAGGUUCAUGAACGAUUUAUGUUGAUUGAUGGGAACAGGGUGGCCACAGGCUCAUACAGAUUCAACUGGACUGAUGGUAAACUCAACAGUAGCAAUCUCAUUGAGCUAUCUGGCCAAAUCACUGAGAAGUUUGAUGAAGAGUUCCGCAUCCUCUAUGCUCAGUCUCUCCCACUCAACACAAGAGUUGCCUCUAGUGUUCAAAACAGUAGCAUCUAUGACUAUAGACUACACAAGCACCCAGGAACUUCUACUUCCAUAGCAGCCAAUGUUUGUAAACCAAUGUGGCUGACCAGCACACCCAACAGAGCAAACACCAGACAAUCUGGGAAAGAAAGGGAGAUUGAGAGUAUUCCAGUACCUGGCACCUUAUCUCUUGAAGGGAAGCAGAUGGAGAAAGAUUUUGGACAUAAUCUGACUGCUGCUAAAGAGAAUCCUCUGAAUGCUGAAAACUUUGAUAUGUCUGCUAACACUGUAAACAUGGGCACUAAGACACAUCCAGCUGUUCUGUUCCACCACACCUCCACACAGACCAGCUGCCUGAAUUUAGAUGGCAUAAUGCAGAUAAAACUAAUUACCAAUCCACAGGAUUCUUGUGCCAUAGCACUAAGCUGCAGUGAUAAGACAAGCAACCCCAGCCAUUCAUCUGCCUCAACAACCACCACAGCCAAUGGUUGUUCUACUCAAGUAGAGGUGCAACACUGCCCAUACAUCCACUGCAGUAUUGUCCCUACAGGCAGUAACCUGAGGGAUUGUGUCUGCAAAUUGACCAAAGAACGCCAUUACCAUUUCUCCAUCAUUCGCUCCAAGCUGGACCACAUGAUGAUGAUGCUAUCCCAAAGGAGGGAGCUGGUGGAUCUUGCUGGUCAGCACAAGGGCUACAAAAUUCUGCCUUCUGCUUGACAGCUCCAUGGGGUGAAGGAAAGUGUGUUGGUCGGGACGUGGACAAGGUCAAGAUGUCUGCAGUGAAAGGAGCAUUCUUGAUAUUGGGAAUGUUUGGCUCAGUGAACAUGUUUUUUAAGCAGUCCAUACAGGAUUUCACAGAGGUUUUUUGUGAUUGUUAUGGCCAAAAAUGCUUGACUGAAGAACACCAAAGAACCAAAUAACACUGCGGCUUAUUUUCAAAAUUUGCUAUGCAACUUGUGGAGUUUUUUGUGCUUUUUUUUUUUGUGGAAAACUACUUGAAUUGGAUGAAAUUGUUUUGCAGUGAUGUUUGUUGUUAAAUGAGACCUUCUAGCUGUACUCAUGUUUGACACACAUGAAUCAAAGAAGGCUUUGUCUGAAUGUGCGUUGUGAUGACGUCACAUGAGGUGUCUUGGCCCAAAUCUGAGAAAAAUCUGCGGUAAUUUAGAAAAAUUGUAAGCUCCUCCACCUAUUGCGGAGUUUACUUGAUUUUGCGUUUAUUUCUGCGAUCAUCUGUUUAAGUGUUUUAGUAAAGAAAUAUAUUUUAAUAACUUUAUAGGGGGUUGGACAAGCCAAAGCACAUUUUAAGACCAUGAGUAAAUAUUUUAUAGUGUGGUUACAUGCUCUAUAUUUUGAGGUCGCGUUUCAAUGUGGGAAGGUAAUGUUUAAAUAUCCUAACACUACUACACCUUGUAUUCAACCCCAAUUCCAAAAAGUUGGGACGCUGUGUAAAAUGUAAAUAAAAACCAAAUGCAAUGAUUUGCAAAUCUCAUAAACCCAUGUGUUAUUGAAAAUAGAACAUAGAAAACGUAUCAAAUGUUUAAACUGAGGAAAUGUACAAUUUUAAAGAAAAAAUAAGGCAAUUUUGACUUUGAUGACUCUUUUUGGAAUUGGGGUUGUAAUUAAAGACUUUCUUCUUGAUUAAAAAAAUUGUUUAAUAUUAGAUUUUGACACAUGACACUUAUUUACAUGCUAUUGAUUUUGACAGUGGUAUGAGAAAAGUCAAUAAUCAGCUUUUUUUCCUGCAGUUUUGUGUAAAUGGGUAAUGUGUGGAAAUUGUAAAGGGUUAGUCAUAUUUUGUACAUUUUCAUUCUCUUUCACUGCAACAUUACACACUUGGAUAGUUGUUUUUUUGUAACCUAGUUUUUCUUGAAAACAUUCUCUCCUUCUUUCUUUAUACACCAUUACAUUCCAAGCGUUUGCCUAGUUUAGCAGAGCACUUCUGACAUUUUGCCAACUUGUCUCAUGGUUUAUAUUUAAAUAGACAAACAAACUUUAAAUGUGUACAUACUGACCGGGCCAGACUUUGACAAAAAAUUCAGGCCAGUAGUCUCACAAAAAUAUUUCCUCAAUUUAAGAGGUGGUGUUGAGAUUAAAUGUUGACUGCUGUCUACAAGUUGUUAGAGUUUGUUCUCUUUUCCUUCUUAAUAAAGAUGCAAACAGACACAACCUUGGUAUAGGGAUGUUUUUGUUGAAGCUUUAGUCACACAUUCAGCACAGGUGUUGUCUCGUCAAGGCUCAGUUCCUCAUCUGCCCACCUACCGAGGAACCUUUUCUCAAAAUAUCUUCCUUAAAGGCAGGGUUCCUAUGCAGUGUGGAAAAGUAUGGAAUUUGAUUUUAGUAAUUUCCAGGUCUGGAUAAAUAUGGAAAAAUGUGUUUCCAGGAUAUUGCCCCUAUUCUGUUUUCUAAAAUAUAAAAUUGAGAAUUUCUAAAAAUAAAAAUAUCAUACAAGCAGAGUGUUUAACAUGGCAUUUGAAGCAGCCAACCAGUGUAGACAAAAGGUCAGUGCUAGACUGGAUCGGCGCGGGGGGACGGUCUUCUGUGAUUGGUUGUUACUUUUUAGGCAGCGGUUUUACCCCCCUCAAACCAAGAAGUAUGGUGUGUGACUAAACACCUCGAACAUCGUCCAACUUUCCACCUUGGAGUGUGGACUGAACGGCCAUGAUGGGAAAAUACAAGUUUUCUGAGGGCUGGUAUUUCAAAUGGGAAAAGUAAAUAGAUGCAAACUUUGUGUAAAAUCUUUUGACAUCUCCCACAUGGUGGAGGCAGUAUUUGUAAGCCAUAUGCAAGGGCAAAAGCACCGUCAUCUGGUCAAAGCAACCUCCGCGCCCAGUGUCAUGACAUUUAUGACACAGGCCAACGUGAGACCAUGACCGAUCAUAACAAUACACCAUCAUAACUGAAUGAUGAAUGGCGAGAAUAUAAGCUAGUCAGUCUAGCCUUCAAAUGACUAGCUAACGUUAACUGGAAGUCUAGAAAGCUGAUGAACUGAAGCUAACCACUGUAGUACUGCAGCUAGAUAAUGAUUUGAAUGCAUGGGUCUGUUAGCUGCCUAUAUAGUGUCAGUGAGUAAGCUAACAGCCACUACUAAUGGACUGACACUUUGUGUCAGAGGUGAAUAUAUGCAGGUUCUAAAGUGUUUUAUGUUUCUUCUCAUCAUGUAAGCGCAUGUCAGUUCGAGAUUACCAGUGCAUGCGCUGAACAAGUGAGAGUGGAUGAAUGUUUAUAGAUGACUACUAUAUUAAACUACUGAAUAUAAUGCUGUAUGGGUGAAUACUUGGAGGAAUUGAAUGGAUUGAUGAUAUCUCAUAAUAAAUGAUUUCAUCAAUAAAUUUAUAGUAUAGCAAACAUACUGUAGCAUGUCCUACCGUUAU